UUAAGAAAAAAAAAAAAACUUGAAGCAACGCCAGUUGAAUGAGGGAAGGAGCGGGAGAGUGGCGGGGGAUGUGUGCUGUUCCCAUCAGCCCAUCAACUCUUUUCAUUCUGCAGUGGACAAGAUAUGGCGAGCAUCCUCCAGUUAGUUCAGAAUCUGAUGCAUGGAGAUGAAGAUGAGGAGCCCCAGAGCACCAGAUAUGAAAAUGGGUGUGCUUAUUUCCACGAAGAGGAAAGAGAAGGACUUGCAAAGAUAUGUAGGCUUGCCAUUCAUUCUCGAUAUGAAGACUUCGUAGUGGAUGGCUUCAGUGUGUUAUAUAAUAAGAAGCCUGUCAUAUAUCUUAGUGCUGCUGCUAGACCUGGCCUGGGCCAAUACCUUUGUAAUCAGGAUGUUGCCUUCCUGGAGAAACUGAUUAAAGAUGAUAUAGAGCGAGGAAGACUGCCCCUGUUGCUUGUCGCAAAUGCAGGAACGGCAGCAGUAGGACACACAGACAAGAUUGGGAGAUUGGAAGAACUCUGUGAGCAGUAUGGCAUAUGGCUUCAUGUGGAGGGUGUGAAUCUGGCAACAUUGGCUCUGGGUUAUGUCUCGUCAUCAGUGCUGGCUGCAGCCAAAUGUGGUAGCAUGACGAUGACUCCUGGCCCGUGGCUGGGUUUGCCAGCUGUUCCUGCGGUGACACUGUAUAAACACGAUGACCCUGCCUUGGCUGGAGCGCAAUGGUGCAAUCUCGGCUCACUGCAUCCUCCGCCUCCCAGAACUGAUAGUGCAUCAGCCGACCCAGGUAAUUUAAAAUAUUCUUCAUCCAGAGAUAGAGGUGGUUCUUCCUCUUACGGACUGCAACCUUCAAAUUCAGCUGUGGUGUCUUGGCAAAGGCACGAUGAUACCAGAGUCCACGCUGACAUACAGAAUGACGAAAAGGGUGGCUACAGUGUCAAUGGAGGAUCUGGGGAAAAUACUUAUGGUCGGAAGUCGUUGGGGCAAGAGCUGAGGGUUAACAAUGUGACCAGCCGUGAGUUCACCAGUGUUCAGCAUGGCAGUUGUGCUUUAGCCACCAAAGACAUGAGAAAAUCACAGGAGAGAUCGAUGUCUUAUUGUGAUGAGUCUCGACUGUCAAAUCUUCUUCGGAGGAUCACCCGGGAAAACGACCGAGACCGGAGACUGGCUACUGUAAAGCAGUUGAAAGAAUUUAUUCAGCAACCAGAAAAUAAGCUGGUACUAGUUAAACAAUUGGAUAAUAUCUUGGCUGCUGUACAUGAUGUGCUUAAUGAAAGUAGCAAAUUGCUUCAGGAGUUGAGACAGGAGGGAGCUUGCUGUCUUGGCCUUCUUUGUGCUUCUCUGAGCUAUGAGGCUGAGAAGAUCUUCAAGUGGAUUUUUAGCAAAUUUAGCUCAUCUGCAAAAGAUGAAGUUAAACUCCUCUACUUAUGUGCCACCUACAAAGCACUAGAGACUGUAGGAGAAAAGAAAGCCUUUUCAUCUGUAAUGCAGCUUGUAAUGACCAGCCUGCAGUCAAUUCUUGAAAAUGUGGAUACACCAGAAUUGCUUUGCAAAUGUGUUAAGUGCAUUCUUUUGGUGGCUCAAUGUUACCCUCAUAUUUUCAGCACUAAUUUUAGGGAUACAGUUGGUAUAUUAGUUGGAUGGCAUAGAGAUCAUACUCAGAAACCUUCGCUCACGCAGCAGGUGUCUGGGUGGUUGCAGAGUUUGGAGCCAUUUUGGGUAGCUGAUCUUGCAUUUUCUACGACUCUUCUUGAUCAGUUUCUAGAAGACAUGGAAGCAUAUGCUGAGGACCUCAGCCAUGUGGCCUCUGGGGAAUCAGUGGAUGAAGACGUGCCUCCUCCAUCAGUGUCAUUACCAAAGCUGGCUGCGCUUCUCCGGGUAUUUAGUACUGUGGUGAGGAGCAUUGGGGAACGCCUCAGCCCAAUUCGGGUCCUCCAAUUACUGAGGCAUACGUAACAGAUCUUGGAUCCUAGCAUGACUAUACAUGGUGACAUGGUCAUUACAUAUGGAUUAGACCAACUGGAGAAUUGCCAGACUCGUGGUACCGAUUAUAUCAUCUCAGUCUUGAAUUUACUCAUGCUGGUUGUUGCUGUAGCCCAUGCUGUUUAUCAAGCAAUGCUCAGCUUGAAGAAUAUUCCUGUUUUGGAGACUGCCUAUAAGUUAAUAUUGGGAGAAAUGACUUGUGCCCUAAACGACCUCCUGCACAGUCUGCAACUUCCUG